UUGGACAGACAGAAUGUUCCAAUGUAACUGUGAAGGAAGAUGCUGAAACUAUGGAAACAAGUCUAUCUGGUUUGAACACCAAUGAUGGUGGAGGUGCUGAGAAAGGGGAUGCUGAUAAACAGUUCUUGUCUUUGGAAGAAGACACAGAAGAACUUGACCAUGCAUCUGAGCCACAGUCUUAUGAUCUGGGUUUUAAAAAGGUUUUUAAAUUUGUUGGAUUCAGAUUCACAGUAAAGAAGGAAAAGACUGGAAAAUCAGAACCAGUUCAAUUGCUUACUGUAAAGAAAGAAACAGAAGUCCCUGAAGGAGCUGGUGAUCAAAAAGAAGUCUUCUCAGAAGAAACAGUGAUGCCUGAGGAUGCACUCGAUUCAGGAGACAACACCAAAGACACACUGAAUAAUAAAAAAACAGAAGAUGAGUCUCCUAAAACACCAGAAGCAAAUGAGAUUUCUUCUGAUUCAGCUGCCUUAGCCACCGAUACUGCAUCACCGUUUAGAAAAUUUUUUACUCAGGGAUGGACUGUAUUUAGAAAAAAGAAGAGUUUUAGGAAGCCUAAAGAAGAUGAACAACCAUCUCCUACGAAAGAACAGGAACAAGAAAAAGAGGGGGCAACAUUAGCAACUGAAACCAGUGAAAAGAAGGAGAAAUCUGAGCCUGAGAAGCAAGACAAAGAGAAGAAUAUGACAGUAGUAACUAUUGAAGCACAGGAGAAGGAGCAAACUGACGGUCAAGAGCAGGAGUCUAAGACGACUGUGGCAGCCAUAGGACGUGAAGCAUGUUAUGAGGAAGAGCUCGUCAAGCAUGAUGAGCAGGGACAGAAAGAGGAAGUAGCAGCAGCAGUUGUUAAAGAAAGUGCUGAGGAGAAAAAAGCUGAAGAAGAUGAUCAAGAAAGGAAACUGGUGGAAGUAUCCGAUGAUCUUGGUAAAAAGGAAGAAAAAACUGAAGAAGGAGACAAAGAAAGUGAUGUGACAGAGAAACCAGAGGAAACAAGGUCCAUGGUACCUGAUAGCACUGACGGUGUGAAUGGAGGAUUGAAAACAUCCUCAGAAGUACUACCUGUGGGAGAAAAACCGGAGUCAACUGGAGUCAAGUGUGAAACAGAAGACAGAACUGAGAUACCCUCUGAAGAGAAACUUGAAGUGGGAUCUUUGGCAAUUGAAAUUCCUAGUGAGCAGCUUAAAAAAUGUGAAGGAAGAGAAGGAAAUAAACCUGCUCCACUGGGGAAAGAAACAUAUGAUGAAAUACCCAAGGAAGCAGACUUGAAAAUUUCAUCCAUCUCAGAAGACAUCACUGGAAA